CAGCACACACUGUGUCGUGAACGAGCUGAACCUCUGCAACAUGAACUGAGCAUUUUUAUAGCAGUAAACAUAAAACAUAAUAAACAGCGUAACUGUUUUUCUCUUUAGCCCCCAAGAGUUAGCAAAGCCUUCUACAGAUGUCUUUCCACGCUGGCCGUGGAUGCCCGAGGGGAAGAGCAGCCGCUCCGGGUCCAAUGUAUCGGCCUGCUCCUCCACAGUAUCACUACGACCCUCCGGCUGCUCCAGGUCCUAUCUAUAACCCUCAAGGCGGCAGUAGCUACAUGCCACCUCAUCCUGACUUCAUGCCAUUCCAUUUCCCUGCACCCUCACAGGGCUCUAAUGCUCUGCCCCAAUGCCCCGUACGCCCACCGGUCUUCACAGAGCCGCCCCCUUUUCCUCCACCUGCUCUUCAACACUCGGACAGCUCCGCCCCAGUGCCUGUUCAGAGCUCUUACCCUUACAUGAUGCCCACCGUCACCCCACCACCUCUUCCACCUGUGCCACCCUCAGUUCCACCUUCCAUGCCCUAUCCACCAUCAUAUCCCAUGAGCUACCCUCCACAGCCACACCUCCCUCCUCCACCGAGCUUCAAUCCAGCUUACGUGCAGCCCGGAGGAUCCUUCAAACCUGAUCGCUCCCGCCCGCCUCUGCAAUACAAGUCGGACACCUGUUCCCGCUCCCCAGAAAGACCCCGUCACCAUGAUGAGCAUCGGCACAGAGGGCACAGCUAUGGAGGAUAUGGAGGUCGGCAUAACCGAGAGUUUGGAGGAGACAAACGGGACAGAGGGUGCAGUUCAGAGCGCAGGCGCUCAGACAGCCCACGGUAUAAAGCAGACUAUGACAGAGGGCACGUACCAUCAAGACACCGCAGCAGAGAAUGCUAUCGGCAUAGAGAUGAGCCAGGUUCACCCACCUCAGACAGACACAGGAAACACAUCCGCAGUCGCUCAGGCAGUCGAGAGAGAAAGCGCCGACGUGUGGAGGAGGAGAAAGAGAGGAGAACAGACAGCACCUCAAGCAGUCGAGAGAGAUCGGUGAACUACAGCAGGAUUAGAGAUGUAGAGGAGACAUCCACUGACCGACAUGAGGAGGAGAAAGGAGAGGAGGAGUUACUCAAACCUGCCUGGAUCCGCUGUACGCAUGCUGAGAACUACUACUCCAAUGAUCCAAUGGACCAAGUGGGUGAUUCUACAGUCGUGGGAACCAGUAAGUUGAGAGAUUUGUAUGAGCGCUUUGAGGAAGAGCUUGGUCAGAGGCAGGAGCGAGCCAAAUCCAGUAGACCUAAUUGGGAACCACCCAAGACCAAACUGGACCAGGAUGAAGAUGAGAGCUCGAGCGAAUCAGAAUGUGAUUCAGAUGGAGGCGGUAGCAGUUGCUCAAGCAGUUCUGACUCUGAGGUGUUUGAUGUCAUUGCUGAGAUCAAGAGAAAGAAAGCUCACCCUGACCGCCUCCAUGAGGAGCUGUGGUACAAUGACCCUGGACAGAUGAAUGAUGGACCAUUAUGCAAGUGCAGUGCCAAAGCCAGGCGAACUGGAAUCCGACACAGUAUUUAUCCGGGUGAACAGUCAGUGAAAUCUUGCCGGCCGAUGUGUAACAAUGCUGGCAAACUGUUCCACUACAGAAUAACUGUGUCCCCACCGACCAACUUCCUAACAGAUAGACCCACGGUUAUUGAGUAUGACGACCAUGAGUACCUGUUUGAGGGCUUUUCCUGCUUUUCUCACACACCACUUACAAAUAUCCCUUUGUGUCGGGUUAUUCGCUUCAACAUCGAUUACACCAUCCACUUUAUAGAAGAGAUGGCACCUGAGAACUACUGCGUUAAAGGCCUGGAACUGUUUUCCUCGUACCUCUUUAAAGACAUCUUGGAGUUAUAUGAUUGGAAUCUCACAGGCCCUGAUGAAAAUGGCCAGUCAGGUUGUCAGAGGUUUCAUUUUAUGCCACGGUUCGUUCGGUUCCUCCCAGAUGGAGGAAAGGAGGUGCUGUCCAUGCACCAGGUGCUGCUGUAUCUGCUGCGCAGCAGCACAGCUCUAGUUCCUGAAGAGGAAAUCGCCAACAUGCUUCAGUGGGAAGAGCUGGAGUGGCAGAAA